UCUCCCCCCUUCACUCUCAUUCUCUAAAUCCUCGCUUAAGUCUCUCCCCCCUCGCCCGGUUUGGCCUAAAACGAUUGCAUUCAUCAUCGGACUCUUGCGAUUCAGUCACGUUUAGAGCCACUGGGAAGGCGACAACGGGAUCGCGGCGAACAAAGACCUACGAUACUACCAUUUUUCUCCUCAUUCCACUCCGCUCCUACCCGAAACAAUCCAGUAAGGAGGAAUGGAGCAGCCAGAAGAAGAAGGCCAUACUGUUGGGGAACAUCAUAACAAACAUGAUGAUGAUGAAAAUGUUUCUCGCACUGAAUACAAACGAUCCAUUGACAUGAAAGUUUCUCUUCGUCAGAGCAAUCUGAACCCAGAAAGACCCGAUUCAGGUUUUCUUAGGACACUAGACUCUAGUAUCAAGCGCAACACAGCAGUAAUUAAGAAGCUUAAGCAGAUAAACGAUGAGCAGCGGGAAGGUCUAAUUGAGGAGUUACGAAGUGUGAACCUAAGUAAAUUUGUUAGUGAAGCUGUGGCAGCUAUUUGUGAUGCUAAGCUUAAGACCUCAGAUAUACAAGCUGCUGUCCAGGCAUGCUCGUUGCUUCAUCAAAGAUAUAAGGAUUUCUCCCCUAGCUUGAUUCAGGGUCUCCUGAAAGUUUUUUCCCCUGGAAAAAGUGUUGAUGAUUUGGAGGCUGAUAAAAACCUGAAAGCGAUGAAGAAGAGGAGCACUCUGAGACUUCUUAUUGAACUUUUUUUUGUUGGAGUUGUGGAGGAUGCCAGCAUUUUUGUGAACAUUAUUAAAGAUCUUACAGGCUUAGAGCAAUUGAAGGACCGUGAUGCAACUCAGACAAACUUGUCCCUUCUUACUAGCUUUGCUCGACAAGGAAGAUUCUUCUUGGGUGUGCAUCAGCCUGGUCAAGAAGUUGAUGAGGAGUUCUAUAAAGGACUCAAUGUCACGGUGGAGCAAAAAAAGCAAUUCAAGAAAGCAUUGCACGCAUAUUAUGAUGCUGUCACUGAGCUGCUGCAGGUGGAACAUAAUUCACUUAGGCUGAUGGAGCUUGACAAUGCAAAGAUGUUAAAUGCUCGAGGGGAGCUUAGUGAAGAUAGUGUGACUGCAUAUGAAAAGCUUCGUAAAUCUUAUGAUCAAUUAUUUCGUGGUGUUUCUUCACUUGCUGAGGCCCUUGACUUGCAACCUCCAUUGAUGCCUGAUGAUGGACAUACAACUAGGGUCUCUAGUGGAGCAGACAAUGAGUCUUCUGCAUCUGGGAAGGAGUUGAUACCCGAACCUAUAUGGGAUGAUGAUGAUACGCGGACCUUCUAUGAAUCCUUGCCUGAUCUCAGAGCAUUUGUUCCUGCUGUAUUACUGGGAGAAGCAGAAGCAAAAUUAAAUGAACAAAUUCAGAAAAACCAAGAGCAACAGAAUGAACACGCUAUGGAGCCUGAAAUUUUUGUGCAAGAGAAUGUUGAACUCAAUGUAGAGUCAGAAUCAUCACUAGAUGGGAAAGCGGAUGAAAAGGUUAAAGAUGAGGAAAAAGAUAAGGAAAAAAUUAAAGAGUCUGAUAGAGAGAAACAUAAAGUGAAGGAAUUAGAGAAGAAAGGGGAUGAAAAGGAUAAGUCAAAAGCUCUUGAUGGUGCAAGCUUGGACGCUCUGUUGCAAAGACUUCCAGGUUGUGUAAGCCGUGAUCUUAUUGACCAGCUAACGGUUGAGUUUUGCUAUUUAAAUUCGAAGGCAAAUCGGAAGAAGCUUGGAAGGACCUUGUUUAAUGUUCCUAGAACCUCUUUAGAGUUGUUGCCAUACUAUUCUCGCAUGGUAGCAACAUUAUCAACUUGUAUGAAGGAUGUUCCAAGUAUUCUCGUGUCAAUGCUCGAAGACGAGUUCAACUUUUUGAUAAAUAAGAAGGAUCAAACAAAUAUUGAGACAAAGAUAAAGAAUAUCAGGUUUAUUGGGGAGCUAUGCAAAUUUAGAAUUGCACCUGCAGGUCUUGUUUUUACUUGCUUAAAGGCCUGUUUGGAUGAUUUUAAUCAUCACAACAUCGACGUGGCUUGCAACUUGCUUGAGACAUGUGGGCGUUUUCUGUAUCGUGCACCCGAAACUUCAAUUCGAAUGGCAAAUAUGUUGGAAAUAUUGAUGCGUCUGAAAAAUGUUAAAAAUUUGGAUCCUCGUCAUAGCACACUCGUGGAGAAUGCCUAUUACUUGUGUAAACCUCCCGAACGGUCUGCUCGGGUCAAUAAAGUGCGCCCUCCAUUGCAUCAGUAUAUCAGAAAAUUGCUUUUCUCAGAUCUUGACAAGUCCUCUGCUGAGCAUGUGCUUAGACAACUACGCAAGCUUCCAUGGGAUGAGUGUGAACAAUAUAUUCUAAAGUGUUUUAUGAAAGUUCAUAAGGGGAAGUACAGUCAAGUGCAUUUAAUUGCUUUGCUCACAGCAGGUCUCAGCCGCUACCACAAUGAAUUUGCAGUUGCAGUUGUUGACGAGGUAUUGGAGGAGAUUCGGAUAGGACUGGAACAUAAUAACUAUAAUAUGCAGCAGCGGCGCAUAGCUCACAUGCGUUUUUUAGGGGAGUUAUACAACUAUGAGCACAUAGACUCUUCUGUCAUAUUUGAAACCCUAUACUUGAUUCUAGUUUUUGGCCAUGGAACUCCAGAGCAAGAUGCGUUGGAUCCGCCAGAAGAUUGCUUCCGAAUAAGAAUGAUUAUAACCCUUCUUCAGACAUGUGGCCACUAUUUUGACAGAGGUUCCUCGAAGAGAAAGCUGGAUCGAUUUUUGAUGUAUUUCCAAAGAUAUGUACUCAGUAAAAGUCAAAUACCACUGGAUAUCGAGUUUGACAUUCAGGACAUGUUUGUUGAGUUGAGACCAAAUAUGAUCCGCUACACGUCGAUUGACGAAAUCAAUGCUGCACUAGUUGAGCUUGAGGAGCACGAACGUGAUAAGCCCAGCACCGAGAAGCACUCUGACAAUGAGUCUCAGAAGGCUUCAUCCAAAUCAUCUAUACCCCAAUCAAUGGCUUUGAAUGGAAGCCGUUGCGCGGCGAAUGAAGUUGAUGAGAAUGGCCAAGGCCAUGAGGAUGUUGUUGAGAGCGAUAGCGAUUCUGGCAGCGGCAGCAUCGACCAAGAGGGGCGUGAUGACGAUGAUGAUGUAAUGUACGAUGACAAGAUUGAUGAUGGAUCUGAUGGUGACGACGAUGAUGAUGAUGAUGGAGGACCCGAUGGUUCCGAUGAGGAUGACAGUAUUCAGGUUAGGCAGAAGGUUGUAGAAGUCGACCCAAAAGAAGAAGAGGAUUUUGAUCGAGAGCUUCGAGCCCUCAUGCAGGAGAGUAUAGAGUACCGGAGGUUAGAGCUUCGUUCCAGACCCUCUUUAAACAUGACGCUGCCAAUGAAUAUUUUUGAUGGAAGCAAGGAGUUGAGAUCUGCGGAGGGGGAGAGUGGGGAGGAAACAUUGGAUGAAGAAGGUGGUGGUGUUCUGAACAAUAAGGUCAGGGUGAAGGUGCUUGUAAAGAAGGGGAACAAGCAGCAGACAAAGCAGAUGUUUAUACCAAGAGAGUCUUCGCUGGUGCAGAGCACGAAGCAGCAAGAGGCGGCGGAGCUCGAGGAGAAGCAGAAUAUAAAAAAGAAGAUUUUGGAGUACAAUGAGAGGGAGGAGGAGGAAUCAAAUGGUAUGUCAUCGCAGUCUAGUAACUGGAUGGCAGGGAGCUCUGGUGGUGGCAGUAGUGGUGCAAAGCCAUCGGGGCGGGUAAAUUGGGAAGCGGUGGGGAGGACGACAGUUACCAGGCAGCAGAGGCAUCAUUCAAGUAGUGGUUUUUAUCCUGCCUAUGGGAGAAGGAAGUGAUGAAGCAAUGUUAAACAUUAUUCAUGCUGGUGUUGAGAUGGUGGUCUGAUAAAAGCGCCUAUUUUGUUCAUUUGGCUGUAGGCAGGAAAUCAUUCGGGGUGCUUGUCUGUAAAGUUGUCUUCAGUGUAUCAAUGUGAAGUUGAUUCCAUGGAAUGAUAGAUAUUGUGAUUAUCACCUUCGACCAUACGUCUAUUAACUUAGUAAUAGUUUAACUCA